UCAAACUUUCCACAUUUGUUCAAACGAUCGAUAAAUUUAUCGUUAAAAAGAAGUUAACGAAAUCACCAACUACCGAUCAAUUUCCGUGUCGGUACAAAUGAUCGAUUCUUCGCGAUCGAUCGAUAUGCAUCGAUUUGUAUACACAUAAUGAAAAAUAGACUUUUGAUGGUGAAUUAUUGCAUAAAUAGUUGAGCAAAUAUAGCAAAGUUUCUUUGCUGAAUAACUGUUGAGAACUUGCGACGUAAUUUUGUUUAGGAAGCUUGAUGACCUUCAAGUAGUCCUGACAGCUGUCGAGAAGACGUUCUUCUACGCGUUUCGACGGAGCUUUGAUUUAUUCACCAGUCACGUAUUAGAGGGUAAAUCCAGGAGCGUCACAAUUGAGAAGAGGAAAAGGGAGAAAUCGAGGAGGACAGAAAGUGCGGGAAAAUGGUUUCGUCGGCCAUUUUCGGUGCGGCUGCUGGCACCGGCUUGGCCUUGGUCUUCGCGAUGACGAUAGUCGUCUAUCGAUAUUACGCCGUGAAACGGAAGGGGAAGUACUGGAGCAAUUUAGAUCGUUGGCCUGAUCCACCAUCGACCGCGAAGAAACCGGAAGGUCGUCAGGAGAAUUGUCAGCAACACUGUCACGACAUGUCGUCGUCGCACGUGUUGAAUUGCUGGCGACAACAACAGAGGAAUUACUACGCGGUGCAGAUUGGGGAAUUCAAUGUGGCUAAAGAACAGCACGCCGUACAGCCAUGUUCGUCCGUGGUGGUUGAAUCAGCAGGUGGAUUACCACAUCAAAGUCGCAGUUACCCUGGUGGUAGCAGUGGAACCGGUAGCAUGGGACGAUUAUUUACAAGGAAUUCAUCGGUGAGUUCUCAAAGCUCUUUGGAGGGAGCUUCAGGACCUUCAGGACCACCCAGUCAUCGUGGUUCUUCUUCACAAGUUGGACGAUAUCAUCAUCAUCGUGACCCGUUACAUGCUGCCUCUUCUUAUCCUCCUAGCAGAAGUUCAAGAUCACCAUCACCUGGUCGCGCAGCAUCGUUAGACGCACGCAGUGGGAGUCCAGCCAGUUGUUCCGGAAGCCUUCUUAGCAGCAAUGCAUCACCAUCUCAGAGCUCACUGUCGUCUCUGGCAACAGGUGUGAGCUCUUCAUGUGGUGGUUCCUCGAUAAGCGUUGCCCACGGUGCUUCCAGAUCAGCUGGCCGAAGUUUAUCACCGCUUCUUAUUCCGCCGUCACGCACUUCCGGAAGCGAUGGUGGUCCACCUCCUCCAGCUUCACCUUUAGGUUCCAUACAACCUGACCUCUAUCAACGAAGAGAUGGUCCCCUUUACCUCAAGGCUCGCGGACACGGCAAAAGCUUGGGUCGACUACAUUUACGAUUCAAAUACGACUUCGAUCGAUCGGAUUUGCACGUUCACUUGAUCGAGGCUCACGAUUUGGCUGGAAGCGAUCAAGGAGGAUUUAACGACCCUUACGUGAAAUUAACACUCAGCCCUGAAGUGGAUUCGAGGAAGCGACAAACUCAGAUACAUCGUAACGAGCCGAACCCGUUCUUCAAUCAGCAAUUUAAAUUUCCCGUCAGCAGCGACGAACUUCAGGACAAGACUUUAGUGCUACAAGUUCUCGAUCAUGAUCGCUUUUCGAGAAACGAUAUAGUCGGUUUGGUUAAGGUGCCAUUGCAUCUUUUACAAUUGGACUCCCCUACAUCAACCGAAGAAGUUUGGGGCGAUAUUGAGCGUGAACGAAAGCCACCGGAACAAAUUCAAGAAGUUUUACUGUCGCUGUCUUAUUUGCCAAGUGCUGAGGAAUUAACGGUGCUCAUUCAGAAGGCGAGAAACCUAUUUCCACCACAGGAGAAAGAAACUUUAGAUUCCUUCGUGAAAGUAAAUCUUUUUUGCGGAGAGAAGAAAGUGAAGAGGAAGAAAACUUCUAUAAGAAAAGCGACGACCAGUCCUGUUUGGGACGAGGCGGUGCACUUUAAUGUUCCUGUCAACACUCUUGCGUCGUCCGCCAUUGAGGUAUGCGUAAUGGAUUCAAGCAACGAGUUCAUCGGCGGAAACGUGAUCGUCGGGUCCUGCAUCGUAGGUCCCGCCACAGGAGCGGAAGCAAGCGGCAGCCAAGGAAAAGAGCACUGGCUUCACAUGACCCAAUCGCCCAGGAAAACCAUCGCCAUGUGGCACGCGUUGCAUUAAAAUCAUUCUCCGCUAGAAAUGUUGAACGGAAGAGAAAAGGAUGGCGAUGUAGUUACCUGGAGAAACAGAGGAUAUAAAAUUAAAUGUUAAUCAUCGUUAAGUAUUUUAAGUAUUAUAUAAAUAUAUAUAUAUAUUAUUAUACAUGAUGAUGUGACUACGUGAAACGUACAAGUUGGAAAAAAUUCAAGGUUUGUUGUUGGGAAGAAACGCUUAAUUAUAUGAGCGUGAUUCGAAUCGUACGCUUAAAAUAUACUUAACAGUAUUUCUAUUAUAUUCUACGUAUCGCAGGCAAAUGGUACGUGGUGUUUGUAUUAAAAGAAGAACGUAUAUGUUAUACGUACACGUAUGUGUAAACAUACAUAUUAUACUAUAUAAAGAUGUUCUUAUAUGUAUACCUUCGUAAUAAAACAAUCAUCUUGCGUGUGUAACUCUAAAACACGCUUUCAAAACAUUUCAACGUAACUGUAAUAAUUGUAAUGACUCUUGUAUUAACUCACGGUAUGUAACGACUACGUGAAUUUCGUGUUUCUGCAUUCGCACGAAUAAAAUUUAAGAAACUUUGACAACGUAUUUGCUCCUGUCGACUGUGUCCUCGCUGAGGCAACGACGGAGAAAUUUUUGUGAAAAGAAGUAAAAUUUCCAAAUUAAACAUUUUCAGAUUAUUAAAUUUCCAAGGUUCUGAUUUUCUCAUUGUUGCUUGAAUGAGGACGUAGUUUUACUUUUCAUAAACUUUCAAGAUUAUCUUGGACUGAAAAUGUUAUAUCAACUAUUUGGCAACCAUUCGUCAUUUUUAUACUGAACUUUUUGUUAUUUUUGAGUCUUGCUUUUCUAACUACAUAUAUCGUACAGUAGAACUCUAUUUAUCUCUUUCUAUCCCUGAUGCGAACACGAUCUAUGUAAAGCAAUGAUUUAGAAGAUACAUGCAGAUAAUAAAAAGAAGUACAAAAAUUACUAUUAAGUAACAAACCUUUUGGCUGCAGCAUUGAGGGGUUCACCUCGUAUUAAAUAAAACAAACCAAUGAUAAAAUGCAUUCAUAAUAAACGUAACAUAAUUUAUUUAAUAAUCAAAAUGUGUAUUUUACAAAACAAAAUUUGUAUAUUGACAUAAACAAAAAAAUUCAGUUACUAUGUAACAAGUAACAGUACAUCAAAUUUUGUUCUGUUAUAAAAAAUUGUAAUCUGUUUUAUAUCAUAUAACUUUUAUUAAGAAACUUUUUCUUUGUAUUUUUAUAAAUUUUGGAGACACUCGGAUGUUCUCAUGGCUUACCCUUUAUCCGCAGUCAAAGGGUUAACAGCCCUCAGUAUAAGAUAAAGGGAGCCCCUAUAGCGUUUCGUCCUAAAAUAAUAUUUAGCAUGAAGCUACUAUAAUGGUGCAUAGCACCUAAAAAAAUGAACAUGUCGAAAGAUAAGAUGGUUCAAACUAAAAUAUUCAAAUAAGACACCCACCCUUUCUUUUCACAUCGAUUUCUUUGAAUAAUAAAAUGUUAUUCACUUUUAUAGUUUAUACAGUUGUAAACAGAAUAUUUAACAAUAGUUGUAAAAUUCGACAAUUUAAUCCACAAUUAAAUUCAGUAAGAUUGUAUUCAGAUAAAUGGAGUUUUACUGAAAUUACAACUUAAAGAUUGAUCAUUUUAUGGCGUAUAUUACAAUAACUAGUAUAGUACUCGCCACGAUGAGUUUUGGGCACUGAUGGAUAUUUCCUGAAUUUGAUAAUUUGAGAAUUUGAAACUUUUAUUUCUAAGUUUCCUAAUCUUCAAAUCCUUAAAUUUCUAACUACCUAACUUUCCAAAUUCUCAAAUUUCCAAAGUAGCAUACAAUUCUGAAAGAUUUCACUUCAGCAAAGGUUUAAUUUAACCUCGGUAUCGUGGCGAGUACUGUACACAAUCCUAUCAACGAAGUCCCUUUAGACAUAAAAUGUAAAAUUUGCAAAUAUCAUAUCCCACGUGCAUGAAAUAUGCAACCGUCAAAGUGUUAACAGACACCGUAUUGUCGGACCUAAAUAUUGCCUUGCGAAGCACGGAAAAAGCUCGCGCUUAUCGCAUUACCCAACGUGUGGGCCACGGAUGAUAGUAGUCGAGUUACGAUUAUCGUACAAAGUAAUUGAAAAUAAAAGAAAGCGGUUAGGGAGUUACUAAGCGAUCGAUAUGGUAAGAGAGAAACAGUUUCCAUGACUGAUUCUUCUGAACGUUUCGAGAAUGUCCGUCUGUGUUACUGCAUCGUAAAGAAUGUACAAUGUAUCUUAAAUGUGACAUGUAACCGAUAUUUUCUUGUAAUGUAUCUCGUGAUUCGAUUUCAAAUAAAGAAUUACUUAUUUCCGUGAA